AUGCGACCAAAAGAUGGAUUAAAACUGAAACCUUUAAAAAAAAUUACUGGUAAGUUUUCAGAUAAUUCCGGUUUAAUCGAAAUCUGGGAUAAUGCACAAUACGCACUGAAAGAAGAACAAGUUGGGAAACCUCUCACACCUCUGAUGAAGUUCCGAACACGACAGAAAUAUCCACCACCUGCUAAUAUAAGCCCUGGUGGAAGAUCCACGGCCAAACUUUCCGACCAGGCAAAAUCUGUACUGAAAUCGUGGUGGUCAGAAAAUUCUCAAAACCCUUAUCCUACACAAGCAACAAGAGAGGAGAUCGCAAAUCGAGCAGGACUUACACAUUAUCAGGUUAAAACUUGGUUUGCAAACGCCAGACGACGACAGAAAAUGAGUGCCGAGAAAAAUCAAUUGAACUAUGAACUGUACAUGAAAAAGAAACGUGAGCUUUUGAGUAAAAAUGGCACACAAGCAAGGUCUAGAAACACUAAAAAAGAUGAACCAAGCGAAUCGACCGAAAUGCAUUCCACUGACAACGCCAAUUCACAUGGUACAAACCUAUUUAGUACAUCACAAUGCACCACGACAACUCCACAGCAUGUUUGUCAAGAAACACUUCAGAGCAACAUUCAAGAUCGACACCCGUCACAACCUUUCAAAUAUUUUGUUACCAUUCCAAAGUUGGUGCCAUUAGAUUAUAACAAUAAUUUUUCGUACGGUAGCAUACCACCAGUUAGUCGACCGAAUUUUAACCAGUCUGUAAGCACAAACUGUAUUCAAAACUUAACACAACUUUGUCGACACAUUGGUUCUAACGCUGACGCCGACAGUCAAUCAAGAAAUCCUGUUUCACACAAUAGUGGAAUUCUUCCAUUUGUCAAUGUUCAAAAUAACUACCACCAUGCAUUUCGGUAUCAAAAUAUCGACGACACGCGUGUAUCAUAUGGACCAGAAAAUCAGUUGAGUCCAGUGCCUAACUACUGGCCACAAGUACGAAACCCUGUCCAAUUAUGUGCCCAAGAAACCCAUACGUAUGGAAUAAAUUACAUUGAUGGAAGAAAUAGUAUACACAAGUGUAACCAUAGUGAAAACAGACAGGCUUCUGACCUUUUUAACUCAAGGUCGGUAAGCGAUCAGGCAUUCAUUAAUCCCGUGUACUCAUCUCAACAUAAUAGUCCCAGAGUACCAACAUUUACAUUCCAACAGGAGAAUUGUACAUCCUUAGUUCCUGACCACAGUCUCAUAGAUAAUCCAAUGAUAUGUUCACGUACAGUAGAAAUCUCCACCAAAGAACUUAUAGGAAGCCAACAAAUCAAGAACUCUAAUGAUGGAUUUAGAGUAGAAAAUAGCAUCAGCCCGAUGCUUCUUUCUCGGCCUAGCUCCUGUCCACUACCGACCACAGAAAAGUUACGCUAUUUGUUGACCAGCGAACAUACAACAAAAUCUCACUAUCAAAUCAAAGAAGCAUCUUAUAACAGAAGGUAA